UUUUUUUCUCCUGAAAGAUUUUUCUUUCCCAUUCUCCGAAGUCCGAAACUAGGCUUCUAGUCCGAGCCUCGCACGGGACUAGAAGAAAGUUUUCGAUCCUAGGGUUGUUAUUCUGCUGCAACUUUAUUGUUAGCAGAGAGAAAGAAGGUACUCCGAUUGGAAGCUCUGCUAUUUAUUCUAUUAGCCACUAGAUAAAUAUUCUGCAUGGCUACAACGGAGUCUGCUCAAGCUUCCCUUGGUCCACGGUAUGCACCUGAUGAUCCCACCCUUCCGAAACCUUGGAAGGGUUUGAUUGAUGGAAGCACGGGUGUGUUAUAUUACUGGAAUCCUGAAACCAAUGUCACCCAAUAUGAAAAGCCAUCCUCUUUGCCUCCACCAUUGCCAGCUGGCCAGCCUCCUGUUGCUUCUACGCCUAAGUUAGCCUCAAUACCGGUAGCCCAAUCAAUGCCACCAAAUGGUGUGGUGGCUCAGGUUGGGCAGCAGAUAACUCAAGCCCCACAACAGCAGGGGCAACAAGUACAAGUGAGCCAGUUAUCUCAACAGCACAGACAAAUGGCGGCACAACAGCAGAGUUCAAUGGCAGCACAGGUUUCUCCCCAGCAGGGAUCUCAAAUCGCACAAGGUGGACCACAACAAAGUUCGCAACUGGGACAACCCAUGCAUCAGCAAGGGCAGCCAGCACUGACACAGCCACAGCAAUUAAUGCAACACAUGAUGAUCUACCCGGGUCAACAAAUCCAACAAGCACAGAGUCAGCACAUGCCUCAGCAGCCAGCCCAGCAGUUACCGCAAGUUGUUCAACAACCACAGCAUCAAGGCUCUUACAUGACCCAACCACAAACACAUCAAUUUACACACCAGCAACUGCAAUAUAUGGCAUAUCAGCAAAGCAUGCUUCCCCAAGGACAGCUCAAUUCACAGCAGCAUGCCCAGCAUAGCGCACAAGGGCAGCCAUUUGCAAAUCAACAGGAUUAUCAGGCUGCAUUCCCAAAUAGGGAGGAAGUUGAUUUCCAGAAUGGAAACCAAAUUGGAUUUUCUCCAUCCCAGGUCCAGCAACCUGGUACCUCAUCUGUUCAGAACCUUCCUUCUGGAAGCAACUCGGUUCAGAUGGCACAGAUUUCUGUUCAUCCAGGUCAAGCCCAACAGUAUGGUGGUUCUUUGGGGAACAUGCAGCAGCCUCCUAUGGGUCAAUUGCAGCAAACUAGGAUUGAUUUGGCUCACCAGCAACAUGGUCCUAGGUUUCAGAAUCAGAUGGGCCCACCAAUGCUGCAUGGUCAGAAGUCUAAUUUGCCUGCGGUUGGAUCAAAGAUACACGAGGAUAAUUUGCAUGGUAGAACUGCAAAUGAAUAUUACUUUAAUGCUAACAAGGAAGGGCCUGUCGGUUCCAAGGAUCCCAAGCUUGCAGGGAUACCUAUGGCAAGAAAUCCACAGGAUAAGUGGAUCAGUGGUGUCCCAUCUCAUAAUGUGAUGCCUGGUCAUACCAGUGGGCCGAAUGCCAUCACAGGGCAUGCCAUUCAUAACUCAUUCACUCACUCAACUGGUGGUCCGCCAUUUUCAAAUAAUGCUUUGAUGAGGCCUCCUUUUUUAGGAACUACAGAUGUUUCUAGUCUCACACCUGUUGAAGCUUACCGCCAACAGCACGAAGUCACAGCAUCGGGGGACAAUAUUCCAGCACCAUUCAUGACAUUUGAAGCCACUGGUUUCCCUCCAGAGUUAUUGAGAGAGAUAUAUUCUGCUGGUUUCACAUCUCCCACGCCGAUUCAGGCACAGACAUGGCCAAUUGCGCUGCAAAGUAGGGACAUAGUGGCAAUUGCAAAAACAGGUUCUGGAAAAACAUUGGGGUAUUUGGUCCCUGCCUUCAUUCUCCUUAGACAUUGCCGUAAUAAUCCUCAGAAUGGCCCAACAGUUUUAGUUAUGGCUCCAACCCGUGAACUUGCUACACAAAUUCAAGAUGAAGUCAUGAAAUUUGGCCGUUCAUCUGGAGUCUCUUGCACGUGCCUAUAUGGUGGUGCUCCAAAGGGCCCACAGCUAAAAGAAUUAGAUCGAGGAGCAGAUAUUGUUGUGGCAACUCCUGGUCGUCUCAAUGACAUCCUCGAGAUGAAGAAGGUUGACUUUAGACAAGUUUCCCUUCUUGUGCUUGAUGAGGCUGAUCGAAUGCUUGACAUGGGUUUUGAACCUCAAAUUCGUAAGAUUGUGAAUGAGAUACCCCCACGCAGACAAACGCUUAUGUACACAGCAACUUGGCCUAAAGAAGUAAGAAAGAUAGCAGGCGAUCUUCUUGUUAAUCCUGUUCAGGUUAACAUUGGCAGUGUUGAUGAGCUUGCUGCGAACAAGGCCAUCACUCAGUAUGUUGAAGUAGUCCCACAAAUGGAGAAGCAGAGGCGCUUGGAGCAGAUCCUUAGAGCCCAAGAACGGGGUUCGAAGGUUAUUAUUUUCUGCUCCACGAAGAGGCUGUGUGAUCAGCUUGCACGUAGUAUUGGGCGUAACUUUGGGGCUGCUGCAAUUCAUGGGGACAAGUCUCAGGGUGAGAGAGACUGGGUUUUAAAUCAGUUCCGUAGUGGAAAGUCCCCUAUAUUGGUUGCUACCGAUGUUGCUGCCCGUGGGCUUGACAUCAAAGAUAUAAGGGUGGUGAUUAACUAUGAUUUCCCUACUGGGGUUGAAGACUAUGUCCACCGAAUUGGAAGGACUGGGAGGGCUGGUGCCACUGGAGUGUCAUACACCUUCUUCUCUGAGCAGGACUGGAAAUAUGCUGCUGAUCUGAUCAAAGUUCUGGAGGGAGCUAACCAGCAUGUGCCUCCAGAGGUGAGAGAGUUGGCUUUACGUGGUGCACCGAGCUUUGGCAAGGAUCGGGGUGGCAUGAACCAUUUUGAUUCUGGUAGUAGUGGGGCUGGUUAUGGUCGUUAUGAUUCUGUUGGCCGUGGUGGCAUGAGGGAUGGUGGCUUUGGUGGCCGCGGUGGCAUGAGGGAUGGCAACUUGGGCGGACGUGGAGGCAUGAGGGGUGUUGGUUUCGGUGGACGUGGAGGUGUAAGAGAUGGUAGUUUUGGUGGUAGAAGUGAUUUCUUUCCUGGUCGUGGCAACAGGGGACGGGGAUUUGGUGGUCCUGGUGGUACGCAUGUUGGUCGGGGCAGGAAUGAGCGUGGCCCAUAUGAUCGGUACAACAAUAUGGAUGGGCGUGGGCGUGGCCGGGGACGGGGAAGAUUUGACAACAGAAGAGACAUUGCUGAUAGGAGUAGAGGCAGAAGUUAUAGCCGUAGCCCUGAAAGAGUUCGAACAUGGGGUAAUAAUCGCAGUCGCAGCAACAGCCGUAGCCGUAGCCGUAGCCGUAGCCGAAGCCGAAGCCGAAGCAGGAGUAGGAGCUGGAGCAGGGGUCGUAGUCAUAGCCGAAGCUGGUCUCGUGGCCGUAAUCGUAGCUACAGCCGCAGCCCUAGCCGCAGCCGCAGCCGCAGUCGCAGUCGCAGUCAUGAUAGAUAUGAGAGGUCACAUGAAAAAACUCCAGAUAAACAAGAUCUUACAAUACCUGAAUUUGAGGCUGCUCCUGAAUCAAGGAUGUCUCCUAUGUCCCCAGGUACACAAGGUAAUGCGUCUCCUGGGGCCAAUCUCAUUGCACAGCCACCUGUUGUUGCAAUUACUGGUGCACUACAUCCAGAGGAUGGGUUAGACUCUUGCCAUCAAUCAGGAGCAGAACCUUAAUUGUGAUGCAUUUCUUGGUUUUGGUGUUAGGGACAGUGAUUUCUGGUCUGUAUUUGUUAAGUGGCUCCCUCGAUCUUUCACUUUUGUUAAGACUCUCUUCCUUUGAUAAAUUUGUUGACAGCAAGUUAGGAAUUGGUAAUAUGUGAUCGUUGUGAUAAGCUGGUCCACUGCUGCUUCCUUGGGUGAUGGUUGUUUUAGGAUAGUUGAGGCUUCUUUCUGGAUAUUGAAUCGUGUUGUGGCUCGUCAAACUCAUUUUUCACCGAUAGGAUGACUUGAGAUUCUAAUCUAGUGAUGCUUAAAAUUAUGUAUUGGAAAGGAUUUUUACUCUGAUUAGUUUAAGGUGUUCAGCGCGGGAUAUUUUUUUCUUUCCUUUCAAUGACGUUAUAGUUCCUGCCCUGUAAUCUUUUCAUUGUGCACACAUUUACAGCGCAUUGCCAUGAUUAUAUUUGGAAUAUAUUCUGUGUCAUACAACU